AGCGAGGGCACGCGGCAUAAGCUGUCGCGCCUGGUUUGCUGGUUUUACACCAGGACCAUAAAAACCUGGGAUGCGUGCUGGGUGCCACCCAACUCCGAGGCUCGCCUGCCAGGGCGGAAAAAAAGCGCCCUUUCCCCGCCGCCGCCCCGGCCCCGCCGCCGGGCUGUAAUCGGCCAAUGAAUCCCCGUCUGGCCCUCGGGGCUUGACAGUUAAUGAUUUGCCGCAGCCCGAGCCGGCGGGGGAAGCCGGGGGACCGGGCGAGCGGGCGCGCGGGCGCAGGGGCCGGGCCGAGCCGAGCCCCGCCGGCCUCACAGGCGCCGCCUCCCGUCUUCCGGGCCCCGGGCACAUCGGGGGGUUCCGGGCGCAUCGGGGGGGUUCCGGGCUCGGAGACCGCGGGCGCCCCGAUGGAGGCAGCCCCUCCGGCGGGGCCCGGCGCCCCGCAGCCGCAGCCGCAGCCGCAGCCGCAGGCGCAGGGAUCCGCGGACUGGGUCGCCGGUCUGCUGCGCAGGCUGCGGGGCAAACUCUUCACCUGGAAUAUUUUGAAAACAAUUGCCCUGGGUCAGAUAUUGUCCUUGUGUAUAUGUGGAACAGCCAUCACCAGCCAGUAUUUGGCAGAAAAAUAUGAAGUGAACACCCCCAUGCUUCAGAGCUUUAUCAACUAUUGCUUGCUGUUUCUAGUUUAUACAGUGAUGCUGGCAUUUCAAUCAGGCCCUGAUAGCCUUUUACACAUCUUGAAAAGAAAAUGGUGGAAGUACAUCCUGCUGGGCCUAGCAGACGUGGAAGCGAAUUACCUGAUUGUCAAAGCAUACCAGUACACAACUCUCACCAGCGUCCAGCUUUUGGAUUGCUUUGGAAUUCCUGUGUUGAUGGCUCUCUCCUGGUUCAUCCUUUAUGCAAGAUACAGAGUGAUCCAUUUCGUUGCCGUGGCUAUCUGUCUGCUGGGCGUAGGAACUAUGGUUGGUGCAGACAUACUAGCAAGGAGAGACAAUUCAGGCAGCGAUGUACUGAUGGGUGACAUCUUCGUCCUGGUUGGGGCUUCCCUCUAUGCCAUUUCUAAUGUGUGUGAAGAGUACAUUGUGAAGAAGCUGAGCAGGCAGGAGUUUCUGGGAAUGCUGGGCUUAUUUGGAACGAUCAUCAGUGGCAUACAGCUAUUGCUUAUGGAAUAUAAGGAUAUUGCCAGCAUUCAUUGGGACUGGAAAAUUGCCCUGCUGUUCGUGGCAUUUGCCCUCUGUAUGUUCUGCCUGUACAGCUUCAUGCCACUGGUGAUUAAAGUUACCAGUGCCACCUCAGUGAACCUGGGCAUCCUGACAUCUGACCUCUACAGCCUUUUCUUUGGGCUCUUUCUCUUUGGCUAUACGUUUUCUGGGCUCUACAUCCUGUCUUUCGCCAUCAUCAUGGUGGGCUUUAUUCUGUACUGCUCCACCCCCACGCGCACGGCGGAGCCGGCCGAGAGCAGCGUGCCCCCCGUCACCAGCAUUGGCAUCGACAACCUGGGCCUGAAGCUGGAGGAGAACCUCCAGGAGACCCACUCCGCAUUCCUGUAGCUGGAGAAGAAGGGGCGCCGUCCCCCCGAGGCCUCCUGGGAAACGAGAGCUGCCACUGGGACAAAGCAGAGCCUGCUGACUGCCGAGUGGAAACCUGGGAAAUGAUCGGACUGAGAGCAAACACUCGGAGCAUCGGAUUGGAUCCACCGGUUCGAUUUUACAAAGGGAUGUCCCACAAGUAGAAAUACCAAGAUGAAGCAGAAGCCAAGGCGAGGGCUGUGCUUCUGUGUGUGAGGGCCAACACUGUUAGUGUCAGGAGACAGGGUUUGGCCCCGUUCUGGGGUCUGGGAGGCACAGGUGGGCGAGCAGGAUGGGGCAGAACCCACACAGGAGCCAGCCUCAGAACAGGGCUGUCGAGGCUGGGCUGGUGGGCAGGAGUAGGGGCGGUCCAGGGCCGUUUUGGAGCGGGUUUCCUCUCGGUUUUGUCCUUCUCAGGCAGCCGUUGAGGUCUGGGGACUGCUUGCACACGGCAGGAAAGCGGGUGGGGCAGCCCAGGAGAAUCCUGAGACACAGUGAGCGCCAUAGACGCUUUGGAGUGGAGUGCCCUAAACCUAGGGACCCUCUCUUCGUGGUUAAAGAGGAUGCUACCCCACUUCUUACAACUAUUUACGCUCCGUGAGAUUUUUAUGAUCCUUCUUCAAUGAAAGUGUUCAUAGGCAGCAUCAUUAUGAUACCAACUACCAGUGUGCAACUUUACAGAAACUGCAUGUAAGCUUUUUUUGGAUAAAAAUAUAAUAAAAGAAAUUGAGGGUAAGUGUUCAUAUUAUUAAAAGAUUUCUGAUUUCAUGGCAAUA